AUGUCAAAGUUUGAGGAUUUCUUCACUCCGCUUGACGAACUUCGAAAGACUGAGCCAAACUAUGGAAAACCAAUUGUUGUCGAAUCGGUUCCAGAAAAAAGUCGUAUAGAUUUGGGUGCAUUUUUGAGCAAAACGCCUCUUCAGAUUCUUGAAGAGGGAUCCACAGCUGCUUAUCAAGAAAAAGUUGAUUGGUUAAUGCAACAAUAUGUAGGUUUCAUGUUUUCCUUCGGAUUAUUUUAAAUUGUAUUUUUUAGGGUACGGAAUUCGAAAUGACUUGUCAGUUACGAGGUACAAGAGGUGUUGGUCGAAAUAUCAACAAGAGAAUCGCGAAACAGAAAGCGGCGGUCGAUUUUUUACGAAAAAUUGUAGACAAAGGCCUAUAUAAAGAGUUUCUUGUUCCGGGAUUAAGUGCGCCCGAUGCUCAUAAUUCUAUGUGAGUUUAAUGAAAAAAUUAAAAAAGAAUCUAUCAAAAAUCUAUUAUAGUGAUCAAUUAGAGAAAAUUGAAGAAGCUAGAAAACUUGGAGAAUCUCCACUUACUCCAGUGAAGAAACCAGCCACGGAUGAUUCAUUCCCGACUUCUGAUAAAUUGCCUGAUACAAACAUUGAUUGGGUCGGCAAAUUACAAGAACUUUUGCACAAACUCAGAUAUGAGGCACCGACAUAUGAAUGUACAGAAGAUGGCGAGCCAACAAAUCGAAAAUUUAUUUUCUUGUGCAUAAUUGCGAAUCACACAACAAGAGGAAUCUCUUCAACGAAAAAAACAGCCAAGAAAAUCGCCGCGUAUUUGAUGUAUGAUAUUUUGGAAAAAGGUGCUGAAUUAUUGGAUCAAGAUGUUUUUGAAGGAGAUGAAAAUGAACAAGAUUGGCAUAAAUCGGAAGAAGCGGAACAUCUCAGACAAAUUAAUGAGAUAUGUCUGAAAGAAAAAGAUGCUGAAAAUGCAUUGAGAACAUUGUUAUCAGAUACCAAACGAUUUUCCGAUUAUUCAAUGGAAUACAAAUGCCAAUCCUUCAGCACAAUUGGUAAGUAAUCCAAGGUUCGAGAUAAUCAGUUCACAGGUUUUACUUCUUUAGGUAACAAGCAAGCCUUGGUUGUAAUUUCUGCGACUCCAAUAAUCCAUUCAGAUGAAGAUGAAUUAGAAAUUGGUGUAUGUUUAAAAAAUCCAGUGUUGUAAACAUAGGUUUUGAUUGCAGGCAGAACAUACAAACACUGAAGAAAUUGCAAAAGCUGCUGCUCAAAAGGAAAAAGAAAGAAAACAAAAAAUGGACGCCGGACCUCGUGUAUUCUGCGGCGAUGGUAGAACCGAAAGAGAUGCCCAGCAAAAUGCGUGCCAAUCUGCGUUGAUUUAUUUCAACACUUAUGAGUUUUGA